GAACUCAAAAUGAUAUUACAUGACAACUCUGGAAUCUCUGACUUCAGAAGAUGUUUUUUUCUUUUGAGUCCCUUCACAAUUGUUGUGGUCUCUGUUCUCAGUGCCUGUUGGAUUACUACUUCUCUUGGAGAAGCAGACAAGGAGCUGAGGCUGGUGGCUGGAGAAAACAACUGUACUGGGAGAGUUGAGGUGAAAGUUCAAGAACAGUGGGGAACCGUGUGCAAUAAUGGCUGGGGCAAAGAAGAGGUCUCCGUGAUUUGUAGGCAGUUGGGAUGUCCAACUGAGAUCCAAGCUGCUAGUUGGAGUAAUUCCUCUCAAGGCUCUGGACCCAUUUGGAUGGAUCAUGUUUCUUGUGGAGGAAAUGAGUCAGCUCUCUGGGACUGCAAACAUGAUGGAUGGGGAAAACAUACAUGCUCUCACCAACAGGACGCUGGAGUAACAUGCUCAGAUGGAUCCAAUGUGGAGAUGAGACUGAUGGAUGGAGGUAACCCGUGUACUGGAAGAAUAGAGGUCAGAUUCCAAGAAAAGUGGGGAACAGUAUGUGAUGACAGUUUCUCCAUACAUCAUGCUUCUGUGGUUUGUAAACAACUUGAAUGUGGAAGUGCUGUCAGUUUCUCUGGUUCAGCUCAUUUUGGAGAAGGCUCUGGACCAAUCUGGUUUGAUGACCUUGAAUGCAUUGGAAAUGAGUCAGCUCUCUGGAACUGCAAACACCAAGGAUGGGGGAAGCAUAAUUGCCGUCAUUCUGAGGAUGUUGGAGUAAUCUGUUUAAAAGGGGCAGAUCUGAGACUGAGAGUGGUAGAUGGUGUCAACAAUUGUUCAGGAAGAUUAGAAGUGAAAUUUCAAGGAGAAUGGGGCACAGUAUGUGAUGAUCGAUGGGAUAGUAAGGAUGCUGCUGUGACAUGUAAGCACCUGGGAUGUCCCACUGCCCUCACUGCCAUUGGUCGAGUAAACGCCAGCGAGGGCACAGGAAAUAUUUGGCUGGACAAUGUUUCCUGUGAAGGACAUGAGUCUGAGCUCUGGAUGUGUGGACACCAGGAAUGGGGAAAACAUUACUGCAAUCAUCAGGAAGAUGCUGGUGUGACAUGCUCUGAUGGAUCAGAUGUGAACCUGAGGUUGAUAGGUGGAGGCAGUCGCUGUGCUGGGACAGUGGAGGUGGAAAUUCAGAAACUGUUAGGGAGACUGUGUGACAGAACCUGGAAUCUGGAACACGCAAAUGUGCUUUGCAGGCAGCUGCACUGUGGCUCUGCUCUCAAACUAUCCUAUCAAGUUUAUUCCAAAGUCCCUCCAGCAAGCAUGUGGAUGUUUCUUAGCACGUGUGAAGGCAAUGAAACUUCUCUUUGGGACUGCAAGGAUUGGCAAUGGGGUGGACUUCCCUGUGAUCUCUACAGGGCAGCUCAAGUCACCUGCUCAGCCCACAGGGAAGUCAGGCUGGUCGGAGGUGACAUUCCCUGCUCUGGUCGUGUUGAAGUGAAGCACGGAGAUGCCUGGGGCACAGUCUGUGAUUCUGACUUCUCUCUAGAAACUGCCAAUGUGGUGUGCAGGGAAUUACAGUGUGGGGUCGCCAUCUCUAUUCUUGGGGGAGCUUACUAUGGAAAAGGACAAGGAAGUAUCUGGUCUGAAGAAUUCCAGUGUGAGGGAAAUGAGUCCCAUCUUUCCCUCUGCCCAGUAGCACCUCGUCCAGAUGGAGUUUGUGAUCACAGCAGGGAUGUUGGAGUGAUCUGUUCAAGAUUCACUGAAAUCCGCUUGGUGAAUGGCAAAUCCCAAUGUGAUGGACAAGUAGAACUCAAGAUGCUGGGGUCUUGGGGUCCCCUCUGCAACACUCAGUGGGACAUGGAAGACGCCCACGUUUUGUGCCAGCAGCUUAAAUGUGGAGUUGCCCUUUCUAUCCCAGGAGGGUCGCAUUUUGGGAAAAACAGUGUUCAGGCCUGGAGACAUAUGUUCCACUGUACUGGCAUUGAAAAGUCCUUAGGAGAUUGUCCAGUAGUAGCUCUGGGUGCACCGCUCUGUUCGGCAGAGCAAGUGUCCACUGUCAUCUGCUCAGGAAAUAAGAGUCACACAUUAUUCCCCUGCAAUUCCUCAACUUCACUCCCAACAAGCUCUCCCAUGUCAGAAGAAAGAUCUUCUGCCUGCAUAGGGAGUGGUCAACUCCGUCUGGUAAAUGGAAGCAAUCGCUGUGCAGGGAGAGUAGAGAUCUACCAUGAGGGAUCCUGGGGGACAGUCUGUGAUGACAGCUGGGACCUGAGUGAUGCCCAUGUGGUGUGCAAACAGCUGGGUUGUGGUUUGGCCAUUAAUGCCACCGAUUCUGCUCAUUUUGGGGAAGGAACAGGUCCCAUUUUGCUGGAUGAGAUCCAUUGUAAUGGAAAAGAGUCUUUUCUUUGGCAAUGCCAUUCCCAUGGCUGGGGAAGGCACAAUUGCCGACAUAAGGAGGAUGCAGGAGUAAUUUGUUCAGAGUUCAUGUCUCUAAGAGUGGUCAGCAAAUCCAGCAAAGACACCUGUACAGGACGUCUAGAAGUUUUUUACAAUGGAGUUUGGGGCAGCAUUGGCAAAAGUGGCAUAUCUGCAACCACUGUGAAAGUGGCAUGCCAGCAGCUGGGCUGUGGGGACAAUGGGACCAUCAGCUCUGCCUCUUCAGACAAGAUAAUACCCCGUCACAUAUGGGUGGACAAUGUUCAGUGUCCAAAAGGACCCAACACAUUAUGGCAGUGCCCAUCAUCUCCAUGGAAGCACAGACUGGCUAAGCCUUCAGAGGAGACCUGGAUCAAAUGUGACAGUAAUAUCAGACUUCGAGGAGGAAACACUACUUGCUCUGGACGUGUAGAGAUCUGGCAUCGAGGUUCCUGGGGAACCGUUUGUGAUGAUUCAUGGGACAUUAAAGAUGCAAAGGUGGUGUGUGGGCAACUAGGAUGUGGCCCAGCUGUGGAGGCCCUAAAAGAAGCGGCCUUUGGUCAGGGGACUGGCCCCAUAUGGCUCAGUGGAGUGAAGUGUAAAGGAAAUGAGUCUUCCUUGUGGGAUUGUCCUCCAGGAACCUGGGGACACAGUGACUGUGGGCACAAGGAAGAUGCUGCAGUGAUAUGCAGGGGUGAGUUUCAUGAAUGUGGAUUAAGUUUAGAAUCUCUGGAAGCAAAGAGAGGUCAUGCAGUCCUUAUUGUCUUUGGUAUCCUUGGGAUUAUUCUCUUGGUGUCUCUUAUGGUAUUCCUCCUGUGGACUCUGAAGCAAAGACAGAGACAGCGACUUGCAGUUUUCACUAGAGGAGAGAAUUCUGUCCACCAAAUCCAAUACCGAGAAAUGAAUUCUUGUCUGAAGGAAGAUGAUCUGAACCUGCUGACUCCCUCAGACUUGAUAAAGACUUGAUAAAGACUGAACGAGAACGGAAC